AUGUGGAGUGAACACACGCCUGCGAAGAUUGGAAAAAGUGGAACUGUUUAUGCAUCCGACGCAUUACAGCCAACAUGUCUUAGCAAACUCUACUGCCAAAGUGAAUUCAUGCAUGACAUACAAUUAGCACGAAUUUAUCCGGAUUCAAAAACUUUUGUGGAUAAAAAAUUGAUGUGUACCGAGUCUGAGAUUUUAACCAAUUAUAAGGCACUGAAAGACACUUACAAAGGUAGCGUACCACCAAUUGAAGAGUUGAUUAAGUUCGUCGACGAGCACUUAGAAGACGGCGAUGAGUUGGAAGAGUGGAUCCCUCCCGACUUCACCGAUAAUCCAUCGAUCGCCGACCGGAUCAUGGAUCAAAAUUACAAGCGGUGGGCAUUGGGAUUGAACCAAGUAUGGAAAACCUUAGCGAGGAAAAUUAAGGACGACGUGAAAAUAAAUCCUGAUAAGUACUCGUUGUUAUGGGUUCCAAGGUUUAUCAUACCCGGAGGCAGAUUUAGAGAGAUUUAUUAUUGGGACACGUACUGGAUUGUUAAUGGACUUCUACUGUGCGACAUGAAGGACACGGCGCGUGGUGUCAUCGACAAUGUUAUAUCUCUGGUGAAUCAAUUUGGUUUUAUGCCGAAUGGCGGACGAGCAUACUAUCUAAACAGAUCACAACCACCAAUGCUCAUAUUGAUGGCAUUGAGUUACUAUAAAGCAACCAACGACUUUGAUUAUAUUAAACAAAUCAUUCCAGACUUGGAAAGCGAAUUCCAUUUUUGGACGGAAAAUCGGAUGGUGACUUUCGAGAAAGACUGUAAAUCUUAUAGAAUGGCAAGAUACUACGCGCCGUCGAGGGGACCAAGACCGGAGUCAUAUAGAGAGGACUACGAAGUAGCUGAAAAAUUUAACACCGAAGACGAGAAAGAUGAUAUGUAUUCCAGGCUUAAGUCUGGCGCCGAAUCCGGAUGGGACUAUUCCAGCAGAUGGUUUGUCACAACCGACCAAGACUCCGAACGUGAUCAACUAUCAGACGUGCAUACGCCAAGUAUUAUACCAGUUGAAUUAAACAGUAUACUAAAUCAAAAUGCACGUAUAUUGAGUACGUGGUUUGGUCAGAUAGGAAACAAGUACAAAGCCACUAAAUAUUGUGUCAUCGCGCAAGAAUUUCUCAAAGGCAUACAAGAAGUCAUGUGGAGACCGGACAGAGGUGCGUGGUUUGACUGGGAUUUAAUAAACCACAAAAAUCAAGAUUGUUUUUUUGUAUCCAAUAUUGUGCCUUUGUGGACAGGAAGCUAUAACAUGCCAAAAGAUGCGGUGGCCAAUGAUGUGCUAAAUUAUUUAAGGGAUGAAGGGAUUGUAGAACCGGAUUUCAGCAUAAGUUUUCAUGGAACGCCUACGUCCAUGUACAUAUCGUCACAACAGUGGGAUUAUCCAAAUGCUUGGCCUCCUCUACAAGCUUAUAUUAUUCAAGGUCUGGACAGGACAGAACAAGAAUUCGCACAACAAGUGGCGGCGAAAAUGGCAGAGGUCUGGUUGAGCACAAAUUAUAAAGGAUUUGCGGAAAGAUCGAUAAUGUUUGAAAAAUACCACGUCGAAACGCCGGGAGAAACUGGUGGCGGUGGUGAAUAUGUUCCACAGACUGGUUUCGGUUGGUCAAAUGGUGUGGUGUUAGAGUUCUUAAACCAAUGGUAUACCUGCCAUACUGACACCAAUGAGCUUCCGAAUAGUAAUCCAAGAAACAGCUCAUCAGAUGGAUCCAAUUUAUUGAAGAGCAAUUUUAAAAGUUUCUGCCAAUUUUUGGAAGAUAACAAUAAUUGA